AUGUUGCUAGCACUAUUGGUGUUUGGAGUCGCAUUAGAUGGAGGUGCGCUAUUGGUGUUUGGAGAUGCGUUAGACGAAGAUGUGUUGGAAACAUUGUUAGCACUAUUGGUGUUUGGAGAUGCGUUAGACGAAGAUGUGUUGGAAACGUUGCUAGCACUAUUGGUGUUUGGAGAUGCGUUAGAUGAAGAUGUGUUGGAACCCACUUCCCCAUCGGUACUGGCACUAUUGGUGUUUGGAGACGCGUUAGAUGAAGAUGUGUUGGAACCCACUUCCCCGUCGGUACUGUCAACUCCAGAAAAUGGUAGCACUAUUGGUGUUUGGAGAUGCGUUAGACGAAGAUGUGUUGGAACCCACUUCCCCAUCGGUACUGGCACUAUUGGUGUUGGAGAUGUGUUAACACCUUGUUUGUGCCACUGCCAACGCCAGCCAUACUGGAAGUGGAAGUGGUGCACUGCAGAGAACUGCAGAGAGAGAUCAGUGUAG